AUUAGUUGGUGACUAGGCUGAGUUAAGUUCAUGGGAUUAUUUUUGGCUGGCGCCUAGGUAAACAAGUGUACGUUUUUCUUGUUCUGUCUGCUUAAUCGAUUCAGUAUUUUCUGUCUGCUUUGAGAUUCCACAUCUGGUUAUAGUCAGACACAUCGCUAAGAAAUUUCUGUGUUUCGUUCUUUUUACUCGGUGCGUUACAUUUUGAAAAAAAUGGCACAGUCGUCCACGGUUUUUGGUGGAAGAAAGUUCCGAGGUGGCCGUGAUUUAGCGGAAGAACAAGCUGCGCUGCAGUGGAUAUUCGGCGUACUACGGGAGCCGGUGCCGGCAAAUGUUCCAUUUGACGAAUUAUUGAAAGAUGGUCAAGUGCUGUGCCGGUUUAUGCAACGAAUCGACCCUCAGCUGAUACGAAAAAUUAACACAUCCGGUGGACCUAUCAAGCUGAUGGAGAAUCUUGGCAUGUUCAACGCAGCCUGCCGGCGUUUAGGCGUUAACCAUGUGGAUCUGUUCCUGACCACUGACUUGUGGGAUAAACAGGAUAUCGGAGCUGUGUACAACUGCUUGAGCCAGCUUGGCAAAAUCGUGCAGAAAAUUCGGCCGGAUCUUCCACCAUAUGGACCAAAAAUCGCGGAGGAAACCAAAAAGAAUUUCGCUGACCAGGAUGGCCGUUUCGGUGAUACCAACAAGAUAAACCAGCAGUUUUACAACAAAAACUAUCAAUAUGAUCAGCAGCAAUUUAAUCAACAGCAAAACCACCAGCAGCAACAGCAGACGACGACGAUUCAUCACCACAGCUCGCAACAACAACAGCAGCGUCAAUACAGCAGCAGUGUCCAGUACAGUCAGCACCAGUUCAUGUCAGCCGUCAAUGCCGGUGGCAAUCAGCGACCUAUAAACGCAGGAUACGGAAACAACCGAUAUCAGUAAUGAUUCGGGCGCACUGCACUGCUAAGGAUUACUCUGGACAGCCUUUUCACUUUAAAUUGGAUUCGGUCUCUUUCGCUGUGCUGGGCUUGUCGUAACUCUUUACUGUACGAUCAGAUAUUUUGUCAACUUUGUGGGUUUUGUAGCAUUUCAUGCGGAAAACGCGCAUUAAUCGUAAAACGGGGAAUUUUACUGCAUUUCGCGCUGUACACGCUAUGUUGCACUGAACUGGCCACAUGUGACCAAUAAUAAAUA